AUGGCAGAGACAAAUCAGGCUCUCAUACAGGAGUUUCACUCCCACUUCCAGACCAUGCGUUCCGAACUCACCACUCGCCUGGAAGCACUCAAGUCUGGUGGUGCAACACCGGACGGACUGGAGUCGUUGUCUCUUGAUGUGGCUAAGCUACGGAAAGAACUGACAGACGGAACUGAUUUCUUACCGAGUUAUGAUCAACGGCAAUGUGAACUUCGGCUGAAAAAUAUUGAGGAUACUCUAGAAAACUUACGGGCAUCAUCUGCUCCGAAGCCUAAAUUCUCCUUCAAACGGAAGGUGAACAAACCUGCCGUCUCUCCAUCUGCUGCUGCUUCGGUCUUCGAGUCUACCCCAAGCGCAGGUAUCUCGCAUCUAAAUACCUUUCCAUCCAGUAGCCUGAAUCUCGUGGGCCGCUCACACAUCUUCUUGACUUGGUCCUCGCUUCCCGUCCGAACAUCAUCUGCGUCUGAUCUGAGCAUCGCAGACCUCGACUAUUGCGUCGUUAAUCUCCUGCCCUCAGAGUCUGCAGGACAAGUGGAUGCGAAAUCCUUCAGCAUCACAGCGCUGCACGUCCGCAACAUCAGCAACAGCAUCGUUAUACUUCCAGAAAUUGAAGGGAGCGCGCUUUUGCACGACCUGACGAGAUGUGUAAUUGUUCUCGGAUGUCAUCAGUAUCGAAUGCAUACGUCAUCGAAUGUCGACGUGUAUCUGCACGUACCUUCCGACCCGAUAAUUGAGCAUUGCACUGGCAUCCGUUUCACGGGCUAUCCUCGUUCCUUGCAUGCUGCGGCCUACAGUCCGGGCAGCCGAAUUGAGCCUGUUCCUGCCAGCAAUCACUUAUCCGUGAAAGAUUUUUCUCACAUCCGCGCGUCCCCGUCGCCGAACUGGUCAUUGCUUCCUGAAGAGAAGCUGAUUGCGGAACCAGAUUGGCCUGGUUCGUCGAAACAGGACGGUGCGAAUAUGGAUAGUGUUCUCGACAAGCUUCUGCCUGUAACGUAG